UUAACAACCCUGGUACAGGUUCGCGGGGAAGAGGAUCAGGAAACACGCCGUGCCGUAUCGCUGCCGGUGUCGGCGGCGUAUCGGAGCACGCCCCCCCCUUUUCAAAUGGCUAUCACGCGUGAGCGUUCCUGAGAGAGAGAGAGAGAGAGAAAACAGAGAGAAGAGAGAGAGAGAGAGGCUCGAGGCGGAGAGACGCGCAGCGCGUCGCCGACGACGUCGACGCGCGGGAUUCGCCUCCUCGUCGCCCGACGAUCGCCCCCCCGGCGUUCUCCACGAGGGGGAGUUGGGGUUAUGCGCCGCUGGCCCGAGGAGCGCGACCACGUAUCGUUCGCACGUGCACGGGCGUCACGGCGUUGCGGGGCGGUAACGUGGCAUAUGCUCCGCUGAGCGGGAGAGCCGGGCGCGCGCGACCACGAAAGCGAGAGUGAUGGGAAUCGACGGUAUGAGGGUCGGCGGUGGCAGAUGCCCGCCCCUCCUGGUCGGCGGGCUCCUGCUGGCGUGCCUCAUGCUCGUCUGCAGCUGGUGGACCCUGUCCUCCGAGAACCUGGAGCUCAUCAGGCAGAUCGACGACCUGAACGAGCAGCUCAAGAUCAGUGCUGAGGAAAGAGACCAGUGCGUGACGUUGCGCGGCAACUUGGAGCAAAGGUUCAAACGCACGGAGGAUGAGUUGGCCUCCCUGCACGUCCGCCUGGAGCAGCAGAUGGACUUUAAGAAGAGAAACGAGGAGCUCGAGGAUUCGGUUACCGUGUGCAAAAGUGAGCUGGACUCGUUGAACAAACUGGACGCCACGAAAACCGCAACGCUAGAAACUUUGAGACUGGAAAAGGACACUAUUAACAAUCAAUUGGACAGAAAGCGGGAUGAGAAUAAGAAGCUACAAGAGGAAAUAGACAGACUGAAAGGAGAAGUGGAUCAAUUCAAGCUCGGUUGCAAUUCGCCGGCCGAGAAGAAGGAGACGCCGAAUCUCCAGCAACCAACGACAGUGGUCAUUAACAAGUCUCAGUUGCAUCCCGUACCGGAGUCUGCUGUAAGAGUGUCCGUAGCUGGUCAGCGAGGUUUGAAGUUCCACGGAAUUCCGAUCCUACCAACAAAUCCACCUGGUGCUGUGCGCCAGACUCCUCGUUUCUCAGUGACCAUGUUGAAGAGAGUUGAAACGGAUUCGAAACAAGCCAAUGGCACGUCGAAUAAUGCCGCAGAGCAGGAUAUCCCGGUUGCCAACGAUUUGGACGAUCCUGAAAAUCGUGCACGUGAUAACAAUGGGGAUGACAUACAAAGCACAGAGGAAACUAUGCUACUCCCAGAAAAUUAUGACGAAGAAGAUAAGACGCAGGAUGCCACAAAGAAACCUGGUGAUAAAGUAUAGUGUCGCGCGAUACAGCUUAGAAGUAAACAACGCAGUCUUGCUUAGCGCGAGCUACUUAGUCUAAAGUAUAGUUAUAGAUUGUAAGCGACACUCUGACCGGAUCGCGGAUCAUUCGGCUAUAAUGCAUCGUGUAAAAUAUUGUGCUCAAUGUUAUCGUAUACAUGCAUACUCAAUUGUUCGCGAUACAAGUAUUUUUUAUACGUUGCUUUAACAAUGUGUACCUACUUCUUAAAUAGGUUUUUUCUACAAUACCGAAGAUGAGACUACAAAAUAAUGUACGGACGUGCCAAAAUAAGUUGGUCAUUUUUUUUAUAUAUACAUGUUUGAGGCCAUAUGUGAAAUCUCUAUGUAAUAAGCGGAUACUGUGAUCAUUGGAAGAUCUGAAAAUGAAUACUAAUACUUAUUACAUUAGCAUUCGUAGAUAGAAGACGUGCUGCAAUAAUUUUCUGAUGAAGCAUGUUUUGUAUCAGUCAAAGGAAUUGGUGAAGCUAUACAAUAUAUUGUAAACGUUUUACAUGAAACUAUACAGAAAAAGAUGGGCAAAAUUUUGAAACAGAUAAAUGCCUUUUUUUGGGGUCAUUUUUAUUGCAGUCCUAUUGGGUAGAUAUUAAUAAAUUCGGGUACAAAAAGUAUCGUUGCGGUUUCCAUUAAAGGUGAAGACAGUUUGUAACAAAUUGUUAAUAAUGAAAAUUAGGCGUGAUAUUAAUUCUUUUGAAGUUUUAUUUCCUUACAUUCCUUAUACUUUAUUGUAAAAUUGUUUUAUAUCCAUGCUGUGCAAUAUAUCAGUUUUAUAUAUCCUUGUUAGUACAUAUUCAAAAUAUACUCAGCUUACAUAAAA